UGGAACGGGCCAACUCGUCCCAUACCCUGAAGCCAAUAAGUAGUCAAGCACCAAGUUACUCGCUACUGACGACUCUAAUUUUUCAGACUAGAACUUCUUCCCACACAGCACAGUCUGCAACUACUCGAUUGAAAAUGGCCGACGAAGCCAACAGAGCUGCGUUCAUGGAGAUUCAAGGUCGCAUGAUCGAGCUCACCGCCAAACUCAAGCAGGUGCAGAACCAGAUGCGAAACAAAGAAGGAGAAAAGAAGCGUGCUUUUCUAACCCUAGAGGAAAUUCGCCCUUUGCCUGAUGACGCCAAUACUUACAAAUCCAUAGGAAGAACGUUUGUUUUAGAGCCCAAGUCAGUGUUGGUGAAUGAACAGGAGCAGAAGCUCAAGGAUAGUGAGAGCGCAAUUGCCUCACUACAGACCUCAAAGGAAUACAUUGAGAAACAGAUUGGAGAGGUGGAGAGCAACUUGAGGGAGCUAUUGAACCAGGAUCCAAGUCUUGCUCGUCAGAUAAUGUCCAUGACUGUAAUGUAGAAUUUCAAAUCAUUCAAAGUCUUAUGCAGUGAAUUUGUUUUGUUUCGUUUAUACAACACAUGACAUUUGUAGAAGUAAAUGGUUUUCCUCUCUGCUGCUACCUUUUUGAUCACAUACUGUGUCCAUUCUCGUAUUUUAUAGUAGUGCAUGGAUCAUAUGUGGUGACAUGAUCUUGAAGCAA